AUGUUUGCUUGUCGUCGCAUCGUCCAUUUAUCACGCAACUUGCACACUUCCACUCCCGUCGCUGCCGGUGGAUUCAGCCGAUUCAAUCCUUGGGCAAAGAAAUCAGAAUCGCAGGAACCCGCAACUACACCUGUCAACAAUGCCAAUGCCGAUGCACCAGCAGCCGCCUUCGAUGUCUCUUACUAUGACGACGAGCCUGAUACUCUCUCUUGGAGAAACAAGGAAAUCAUUCAAGACCAAGAUAAGGUUCAAUCCAUUGUGAAGUCCAUUGUAUUGGAAAGUGUCAAUGGUAGCGAUGAGAACAACUGGAAGGCAACACGUUUGGAUGCAGCAGAUGUCAAAUUCAAGGUUGUCAAGGAAAGCAUUGCACAACUCGGCAAGGAGGUAUCCAACUUGCAGCUCAACAACAUGCAAACCGUAUCAGAUGUUUUGGAUCACUUUUUACGGAAAGACGACGCUACAAAGAAAUCAUCUGUGCAACAAUUCUUUGAAGACAAUGCAGACACCCUACCAUCCAACCUCGUUUUUCGAUCCAACAAAUAA